CAUCCUGAUCUUCAAAUAGCAGCUCGGAGCUCGACAGCCGCUUCUGACCGGAGAACGGAAACUGAAAUACAACACCGCCCGCUUCUGACAAAUACAGAGAGACUGAGUCGGCGAAACGUGGUGCUCAGCCUGGCGUGUAUGAAGACCCUCUUUGAGUAUUUUCUAGAACAGAAACUAUCUAGUUGUCCGAUUUAAAGUUCACAGGCUUGUUGUUUACGUGGAUUGUGAUACUGGAAACUUCAAACAAACGGAGCGUCAACGUUGCUGCAACGUUUGCUUUCCGGUCUCUUUAACAUUAGACGGUGGUUAAACCGUAACAACUUUUGUAAUCGAUAACGUUUACAUUCAGCGUACAUUUCCAGUGUCAUCAUGCCUCGGAAACGGCGCUCACAGUCGUGGACGGAGCUCAAACAAGCCGGUAACGAGCGUUUCAGAGCCGGACAGUAUGGAGAAGCUGUGACUCUCUACAGUCAGUCCAUCGAGCGGCUGGAGAAGUCUGGUCAGAACAACAAGGAAGAUCUGGCUAUUUUGUACUCCAACAGGGCAGCCAGUUACCUGAAAGAUGGAAACUGCAACGAGUGCAUUAAAGACUGCUCAGUAUCGCUUGACUUGGUUCCUUUUGGAUUUAAAGCGCUCCUUCGCCGGGCUGCAGCUUAUGAGGCCAUGGAGAGAUACAGACAGGCUUAUGUGGACUACAAAACUGCUCUACAGAUAGACUGCAACAUCCCAUCUGCGCACGAUGGUGUCAACAGAAUGACCAAGGUUUUGAUCGAUAUAGACGGGCCAUCUUGGCGAGAGAAACUCCCUCCGAUCCCCACAGUUCCGAUGUCUGUGAAAGAAAGUCUAGCACAAUCCACAAGCCUGGCCUCCACCUCACAACAGAACGGCAUGAUCGAAAACAAGAAGAAAGUACCAGGACCUGAAGCUGUUAAAAAGGCCAAAGCUCUAAAGGAGGAAGGCAAUGCAUUUGUGAAGAAAGGCGAAUACAAGAAAGCAGUGGAGAAGUACACGCAGUCACUCAGUCAAGCCACAGAAGUCACAACCUACACAAAUAGGGCUCUCUGCUACCUUUCAUUAAAGAUGUACAAAGAAGUUAUUAGCGAUUGUGAUGAGGCUCUUAAAUUGGAUUCUGCCAACAUUAAGGCCUUUUACCGACGUGCCCAGGCAUAUAAGGAACUCAAAAACAAAAAGUUAUGUGUGGAAGAUCUCAACAGCUUGCUCAAAAUUGAGCCAAACAACACGGCAGCACAAAAACUACUUCUGGAAGUGCAGAAGAUGAAAUAACCAUUCUUGUGGACAUGAGGAGACUUUUCAGUCAAUUGUCUAGAGUUUAUUUGCCUCUCCAAGCUGCAAAAUUUACUUUCCUUCAUUUAUGAUCAUUUAUCAUAAUGAGAGAUAGAAUUUAACCUACAGGUUCACACAGGCACUUUUGAUGAUACAUUUUGAAAUAAUCUACUGGGUGCAUUUUUGUCCUGAACAUUUGUGUUCCAUGUCAUUUAUUCAAGUUCAAGUUCAUUGAAUUCACACUAUCUGCAAUCUUUGUCCCAUUUGUUCAGGUUGUGUAUGUUGAAUUUAUUCAUUUAAUCGAUGUGAUGUUGAUUUAGCAGUAUCUAAUGUGCCUUUCUCACGGCACAUUAUCGCAAGCCAUUUCAGCAUUUAAUCACAUACAGGAUAUGAAUUAUAUAAGUCCACAAUUGAAUUUUCAUGAUUUAGAAUAAAUAAAUAAUAAACUAGUAAAAGUGCUCAUUUUUAAUGUCAGUAACUGCACAAAAUCUUGAUAUCUGUAAUUGAAUUUUCACAAUGAUCUUUAGUUUUAGUUCAAUUCUUGAUAUCAGGAAUGGUUAUUUGUACUAGUAACAAUGUAAUUACUGAUAUAAAGUAUCAUUUUUACUAGUAAGAAGUACAAGAUAUUUGAAAAGGGAAUUUCAACUAGUAAGAAAUUAUAGACGUCAGUAAUUGUGAGCGAUGACAUCAUGUUUAUAUCAAAAUAUAGCACUUUCACUAGUAGUAAUUACAUUCUUGAUAUCAAGAAUUGGCAUUUUAUCUAGUGAAAAAAUUAAUAAUCUAUAAUUAAUUUCCUGUACUUGAUUAAAAGUUAAUUCGGCUUGCCAUACACACAUUACACAUUUACAAUGUCAAGAUAUUCUGAAACUCAUAACAUUUUUCAGACAAAAGUCAAACUAUUUCCACUUCACUUUAUACUGAAAUGCAAUUAGGCAGCAGUUUCUUCGUACUUUGGAUGCAAUUAUCAUUCCUCAGCUCAAGUAAUAGAUUUCAGAAUAUUUGUAUUUCGUACAAGCUUAUCAUUACCAUUUAUAUAAAAUACUCCGAUACAGUUGUGGCUUUAGGGCAGUGCUCCAUGUUCUACAUCAUUGAGGAUUGUUUCAUAAAACUGCUUUUAAAGGGGUAGUUCACCCAAAAAUGAAAAUUCUGUCAUCAUAUACUCACCCUCAUGUUGUCCCAAACCAGUGCGACUUGCUUUCUUCAGUGGAACACAAAAGGAGAUUUUAAACAGAAUGUUUGUUUUAGCCACCAUUCACUUUCAUUGUCUGGAAGAAAGAUGAGAUGAAAGUGAAUGUUGACUAAGGAUAACAUUGUUUAAAAUCAAACUGGUUUGGAACAACAUAAGGGCAGGUGAAUGAUGAUACAAUUUACAAUUGCGAUUUCUAAUUGUUUCUUUGUCUUUUCCAGAGAAACUGGUCAGCAAAGGUAUUUGCAAUUAAUUACUGUCCAAACCCCUGAAUGUAAAUCUGUUAAGACUUGACAUCUGUAUUUAUUACUGUUUUCUGUGCACAGUGUUUUGUAUGCCAUUUUGCAUGCAAAUGGGGAAAGCCAUGUUCUGAUAUGCAUCUGAUAAAAGGAAACUUUAUGAAUAGUAAAUCUUGUGUUUUACAUCCUGUAAACUGUGAGAUGUAAUGCUAUGGACAGUGAUUUUUGUAUACUUUGUGUGGGUUAGCAUUACAAAAACAAAACAA